AUGGUCAUGGUGCUGCCCACUCCAGGAAUCAGCUCAACGGAUGGGGGUGUUGGAAGAAGCUGGUCUGCUGACUAUGGUAUCCAGGACCAGCUGGCACAAGGCAUGGUUGAGAUGAAGGCCAAGGGCAUGUCCAGUGACCAGGAAAGCAACUUGGGCCUUCUGCCUGGAGCUUCCCGCUUUCCCAGCAUCCCCACACCCUGGUCUGCUCCUGAGAGGCCCUGUUGCCUCAGUGAGUAUCCUCCUAGGGCUACCCCCGCACAAGGUCCUGAUAAGACUGGGAGCCCAGCCAUCUGUUGCUUCCCUAAAUCGGACACUCCAGCUCUUGCAUUCCAUGUUCACGUGGAUUCGGGAGCAAUUCUUUGUCUGCUGGUGGAUUUUGGGGACGGUUCUGGAGGUGAAAUGAGGCUUUGCAACAUGACAGAGACAACGGCCAUGACUGCCUACCACCAGUACAAAAAAGAAGGUGUCUACAAGCUCCAGGCUGUUAUUUGUGGGUUUCAUGGAGCGGAAGUGGAACUUGGACCUUAUUAUGUGGAAAUUGGCCACGAGACUGUGUCUGUGCUCUUGAAUUCCAGCAGUGUCCACAAGGAUGAAGUUAUUGUGUUCGCUGGCUCCAACCUAAGGCAGAAAAGUACUGUUGUAAUGCAUCAUUUUCCAUCCAUCUCUUCAUACAAUGUGUCCUUUAUUUCUAUGUCCCAAGUGGGUGACAGUCAGACUUGGCCCAGCGUGACUGUUUGGUAUAAGAUGCAAUCUGUCUCUGUCUACACAAACGGAACCGUGUUUGCUGCAAACACAGACAUCACCUUUGUGGCUGUGACCAAGGAGACCACAACCCUGGAGUUUGUGUGGCAUUUUGAGAACCAUCCGCCAGUGAGGACAACUUCUAGAAGUGUCAGAAGGAGACUCAGCAUCCCCCAGUGGUACCGUGUAACAGUCAAGGCCUCUAAUGGGAUCAGCAGUGUGGUCUCUGAGCCCCACCUCAUCAGGGUGCAGAAGAGAAUUGUGACCAACCGGCUCGUGUCCCCCGCCUCAGCCCUGGUAAACACCAGUGUGGCCUUUGAGUGUAGAAUCAACUUUGGCACAGAUGUCACCUAUCGGUGGGACUUUGGGGAUAGUACCAUCAGCCUAGGGGGCAGCUUCGCCAGCCAUGUCUACAGCAGGGAGGGAGAAUUUACAGUGGAGGUCUAUACCUUCAACAGUGUCAGCUCCGCUGUCCUAAGGAAGCACGUCUUCAUUGUGCACAAGCCCUGCCAGCCACCCCCAGUGAAGAACAUGGGGCUUGCAAAGGUGCAGAUAUGGCGGUCUCAACCCCUGAGACUAGGAGUGACAUUUGAAGCUGCUGUCCUCUGUGACAUUUCCCAAGGUCUUUCUUAUACCUGGAGAAUUUUGGACUCCAAGGGGUCCCUUGUCACCCUCCCUGCUGCCAUCAACACCCACAGACAGACCCUCGUGCUCCCAAGCUUUGCACUGGAGUAUGGGAACUACACUGCCAUUGCCAAGGUUCACAUCCAGGGCAGCGUGGUACACAGCAGCUAUCGCGUGGGUGUGGAGGUACGAGCCAAGGUACCUGUCAGCAUAAUCUCAGAGGGCACACACCUCUUCAUCCCCAGGGCCACCUCGCUCCCCUUCGUUCUCAAAGGGUCCCAAUCCUACGACCCUGACAAUCCAGGGGCUGCUCUCAGGUAUCUCUGGACAUGCACUGUUGCCAGCUCACCUGGGUGGCCCUGCUUUGACGACUCCACUCCCUACCAACUGGAUGCUGGGGCUCCCAUUGUUUCCUUCCCAGCAAAAUGGCUCAGUGAAUGCUGUGACCAGUUCCUCGUGACGCUGAAGGUCUCCAGUGGUGGCCGAAACUCUUCAGAGGCCCAGGUGGUCCUGUCCACCCGCUCUGACUCAUCCUUCAGGUUGGUCCACAUCUCCUGGAUCAACUUUAAAGACAUCCGUGUCAACUGGAAUGAAGAACUUUCUCUCCUAUCUACGUGUGAAGGCUGUGGAGAAACCCCGGGUCUCUCUUACUCCUGGGAGCUUUUCUUAGUCAACGCAACAGAAAAGCAUAGGAUAGAAGCCUUUUCAGUCACGGAAUCCAUGGUGGGUGACCACCACAUUCCUGCUGCCAGUGGCACUGUGUUCUCAGGGGAGCCUUCUGAAGAUGGGACACCAGGCCCAGAGCUAGGGUUCCUGGACUCUCCAAGGACAAGUCCCUCUGAGGGAACCUGGCCCCGACCCAGCUCCUUCCCUACCCUGGAUGAUUUUGAAGCCUUUUACAGUGACAUCCAAGAAGCACUGCCAUCUAGAGGAAGACAGCCAGGAAGCAGCAGCAGCCUCCCAGGAUCAGAGCCGAGCAUGAGUGCUGAGGAGAGCCCCCAUGACGGAGAUAACCUGCUGGGUCCUUUCCUCACUCCAAGCAGAUCAGCACCAACUCUCAUGACCGACUGGCCCAAGGCCCAGAUCAACCCAACUGUUUUCCAAGGUUACACAUCAUCGGGUAUCACAGGACCAGCUGUGACAAUAAAGCCGUACUCACUGAGCAGUGGAGAGACAUAUGUCCUACAAGCGUCUGUGGCUUCAAGGCAUGGCUUACUAGGCAAAGCGCAGCUCUACCUGACUGUCAACCGAGCUCCCCAGGAUGUGACUUGUCAGGUGCAGCCUCACCAUGGCCUCGAGGCACACACCAUCUUCAGUGUCUUCUGCAUGUCAGGGCAACCGGAUUUUCAUUAUGAAUUUAGUUACCAGAUAGGAAACGCCUCCAAACGCACCCUGUAUCACGGGAGAGAUACCCACUACUAUUUUGCAUUGCCAGCUGGUGAGCCUGUGGAUAAUUACAGAGUCAUGGUUUCUACGGAGAUCACAGAUGGAGAAGGCUCCAAGGCACAGCCGUGUGCUGUAGCAGUGACUGUGAUGCCUCGUUACCAUGGGGAUGACUGCUCCGGUGAGGACCUGUAUAAUUCCAGCCUGAAAAACCUGUCUACCCUCCAGCUGAUGGGGAGUCACACAGAAAUCAGGAACUAUGUAGCUAUGAUCACUAGGAUCCUGAGGCGUUUGGCUAAGGAGAACAGAAGUGCUUCAUGUGGCCAAUGGACACAAAUACAGGAUGCACUCAUUUCUUCAGUGUGCAACUUCAUUCUUGUAGAUCAGGAGGAGCUGAUUGAUUCUGUUCUUAUGUUAAGGGACCUCAUAAGCUUCCCUAAUAAGUUAAGUUUUAUUAGUGCAGUGCACAUACUCAAAUACACCCAGACGCUCCUUGCUCAAGGCCAGUUCUCAGGGAGGCUUGAGGGUGGCAAUGAACUCAGUCUUGAACUUGUCCUUCUCAUCACGGGAGUCUGGGAAGCCUCCAGACAAGAAAAAUUGAGAAAUGAGGACUACCUACAAGAAGAAGGAAUGAAGGUCAUCUCAGGUGUGCUGCUAGACCGGCUGUCUUUGAGCCAUGAUUGUCAGAUCUACAUGAGCACAGGGCAGAUUGAGUUCCGGACCCUUCUACACCACAAAAUUCAGAGCUCAGUCCAGAGCCUGGGCUCCGUCCUGGUGCAUUUACCUGGUGACCUGACUAGGCACAGUCCUGUUGGAGAGGAAACGCAGAACCUGUGUCACAUUAGCCAGCUGGUGUUCUUCAAGAGGAGCCCUUAUCCCACAGGACGGAUACCUGGGCAGGUUGGUGGCCUUGUGCGCCUCACCCUCUACAGCUGCUCCAGCAGAAGACCCAUCCGCAGAGGACGACUGGAGACUCCAGUGACUGUGGAGUUUGGAGAAGAAGACAGCCCUGAUAAUAAGAGAAAUAUGAUGAUGACGUUUGUCUUGCUUCGUAAUAAGGUGAAUUCUCAUCAGUUCCUUGGGCUUUCUGAAAACCCCCAGGAAUCACUGCAGAUACAAAUUGAAUUUUCCAAUGUCACAAGAAGAGCAUUUCCGGUCAUGUUGCUAGUGAGAUUCUCUGAGAAACCCAGUCCAUCUGAGUUUCUUGUGAAACAAAUCUAUUUCUGGGAUGAGCAGAUUGUUCAAAUCUACAUACCAGCUAUUCCACGCCAAGGAGCGAACAUAGGAUAUUUGUCCCUAUUGGAUGCUGACUAUGACAGAAGACCUCCAAACAAAUAUUUCGCCAAGUCAGUGAACUAUACAGUACAUUUCCGGUGGCUCCGAUGCCUGUUCUGGGAUAAGAGAGAGUGGAGAUCUGAAAAUCUCUCUCCACAAUCAGGAACUUCUCCAGGAAAAGUUAACUGCAGCUAUCAUCGCCUGGCACCAUUCUCCAUCCUCAGACGAAAGCUGAAUGCCACUUUUGAAGUGAGUGAUAUUUCCAAGCUACAGAGCCACCCACAAAACCUGCUUCCCAGUGUUUUUAUUGUGCUUUUUAUGAUUCUUUAUGGAUUCUUGGUUAUAAAAGCCAGAUGUGUAGAUUGUCAUGAAAAAAAGAAAACUGGCCACAUUUUUCUGCAAAAAGACACGCCACCUUACCACCAACUAUAUGCCAUUGUCAUAGACACUGGUUUCCGGUCGCCAGCCCAUUUUACCUCAAAGGCUUUCAUCAUUUUAUGUGGCAAAAAUGGGCUUACAGAAACCAGAGAACUCUGCUGUCCAGAGAAGCCCCUGUUUGAAAGGAAUUCCAGGCACACCUUUAUCCUCAGUGCUUCUGACCAGCUGGGCCCGCUCCAGAAGAUUUGCCUCUGGCAUGACAGCCGUGGGUGUUCCCCGAGCUGGUUUGUCAGCCAUGUGAUGGUGAAGGAGCUACACUCAGGACAGGGCUGGUUCUUCCCUGCCCAGUGCUGGCUGGAUGCCAGCCGAUGCGAUGGCCGUGUGGAGCGGGAGCUUACCUGUCUGCGCCAAGGGCUUGGCUUCAGGAAGCUUUUCUAUUCAAAGUUCACCGAGUACCUGGAGGAUUUCCACAUCUGGCUCUCGGUAUACAGCCGGCCCUCUUCCAGUGGCUACCUGCAUACCCCACGGCUUGCCGUGUCCUUCUUCCUGCUGUGUGUCUAUGCAUGCCUCACUGCCCUGGUCACUUCAGGAGGACAUGAACAGUCUCUUCCAGAUGUUGGCUCCACUGAGGUCACUUUCAGAUCCUUCUUCCUGGGUCUCCUGUGCUCUAUCCUGGUUUCUCCAGGGGCACAGCUCUUGUCCCUGCUCUUCAGGCUCAGCAAGGGAGCCACAGGGUGUCCCCAGACUAUGCCAGGCCAGCCUCUACGAAGACCAUGCGUGGAAGCACCUCAUGGUAAUGUGUACCAAAAUCAGAAACUCCACCCUGUGGCUGAUCCUUUGGGGCUUCCUGCAUCAUCCAUUCUCUCUGGAAGUGACAUUGCCUGGAGGGAGGCAGCAAGUGGCAGCAGUGCAGCCUGUCCAACCUUUGAUCUGGAGGCCUGCAGGGCUGGCCACCAUGAGACUGCUAUGAAUGAGAAGAGCCACCAUGGAUCUCUGCAUCCACAAGCUCCCAGCAGUGGUUUUGAGGGACUGAUGUACCGGUGGUCAAGAGCCUGUCUUCCUUGGCUGAGCUCUGUAAGCUGGUUCAUCUGUGGGUCAGCUUCGUUGGCCUGUGGUGUAGGGACAGGAUUCCUUGGCUACAGGUUUGUCUCAGUGCAGUGUAUGCAAUGGCUGUACCUGCUGUUCCUCUCCGUGGUCUGCUGUGUGUUUAUCACCCAGCCACUUAUGAUCUGCUGCAUGGCCUUGGGCUUCGCUUGGAAAAGAAAAGACGAUGAUCAAUUUUUCACUGAGUCUUUACGUGCAGCAACUAGGAGUCUGGACUUGGACUUGGAAGAAGGCUAUGGAGCUCACAUUCCCCUCUCUCCCAGUUGCUGCAUGCCUGAGUGUGCAGAGGAGGCUGAAAAGGUCUUGGCUGCCCGACAACGACAGCGCCAGCAGCGCUGGGCCCGGCCACCAUCCAUGUCACAGCUAAGGGUCACCAGAGAGAGGCUGAGGAGAAAGAGCCGCACGCAGACAGCCGUGAGAGACAUUUCCAUGUGUGUCUUCAUGCCGCUUCUGCUCUUGUUUAUAAUACAUGGGACAUUUUCCCCAGAUGAGUACUCUCUCAAUCAAGCCAUCCGGAGGGAAUUUAUCAGAAAUGGCAGACACUCCUUGGGGAGCCUGAGAAGCACCGAUGACUGGUGGGACUGGAGUAUGACCACACUGCUGGACGGGCUGCACUCCAGAGGCCCCUCUGCUGCUGGGGGGCCGGGGGCUCAGCCUGGAGCCCUCGGGGGAAAAUGCUACCUAAUUGGUGCUUCAGUAAUGAAGCAGACCAAAGUUUCUCCCAGCAGAACACACAAGCCUUCCAGGACAUUCUUGGCACUCAUUGAAGACUCUGUUCCUAAAUGGAGCCCUGAAGUUGGAGUCAUUGAGGACAGAAAUGUGACCCCCAGUGGUCCCAGGGCCUGCAGGGCAAGAAAGGAGGGCUGUGUACAUAGCCUGGGCAAAACAAGAGCGGAAGCCUAUGAGGCCUUCACCGCCCUCAGGGCCAGCAGGUGGAUCGACAGCAGCACCAAGGUGGUGUCUGUGCACUUUACCCUCUUCAACCCUCCAGCCCAACUCUUCUCGAGUGUGACCCUGAACACAGAGGUUCUCCCCACAGGAGGCCUGGUCCCAUCCUUCCUAGUGGAGUCAUUCAGCAUCUUCACUAGUGAUUCCACCCCGCAUUACCACCUCCUGCUUGCCAAGCUGGUCUUCCUGGUGCUCAACCUGACCCACCUCUGUUUUCAACUCAGCAGAAUGGUUGAAAAAGGCAUCCUCAGCUACUGGCGAAGCCCAAGAACCUGGCUGGAGCUCUCAGUGGUUGGAGUGGCCCUUGCCUACUACACAGCCUCUGGCUACCUCGCUACCCUUGCUGGGGAUGUCGCUGAUCAGUUCCGCCAAGGACUUGGUCUGGUGUUUGUGGACCUCAGUGUGAUGGCACUGUGGAAUCAGAGGGCGAGGUGGCUCCGGGGACUCCUCUCCUUCCUUUGGAUGCUGAAAUGUGUUCAUGUUCUUUGCCUUCUAAACAAAAUGGCACCCUGCUCUUCUGUGACACGUCUCUUUCUCUCCAGAGGCUUUGUACCAGCGCUCAUGGGGGUUCUGCUUCUGGCUGCCCACUCUCACCUGCUCCAGUUUCUGCUGUUCACCUGGGCACUGCCACCUGGCACCUCCACAGAGUCCUUCCCCUGGCGGUUUCAUUUUCUGGGAAGAAGCCAAAAAGACUCAAUCUACAGCCUCUCCAAGUCUGACCAGCAAGUGAUGGCUUGUUACUGCAUGGUCUUCCUUCUGCUGAUGACCACAUUGUCUUUCAGGAUGCUGAGUGCCUCUCUCGUGACUUUUUUCCGAAAAAGAAAAUCCGUUCAGAGUAAAUCUCUUGUAACACUUAAAGAUGUCGCUGCUUAUGUGUGGGGGAAAGUCCUCACCUUAGCGGGGCUGGACUCAGCGAACUUGGAAGAGGCUGAGGUGGCUGUGGACCAUAAUUACUACCUCGAUGAAUUCUCCAGCCUGUUAGAUGAACUUCUGAUAAAGAUCAAUGGUUUGUAUGACAGCCUAGAGCUACCCAUUCUAGAAAAGCAAUCCAGGAGGACGGUGGCAGCAAGGGCAGAAGGGAGCCCUUCUUAGCAUGACAGGAUACUAAGCUACUGGGGUAAUUCUAUAUGAGAUCAAUUUUGUCACUUUUCUUCAUAGAAAAUACAUAUUUUUCUACUCUUAGAAUUGGUUUGAAAUAGUUGCUGUUCUAAGUCAUAGGUCCAUUUGUAUGAAUAUUCUGUAAGAAUAUUUUUAG